AUGGCACUACAGGCUGAUCUGCCACAGGGUGCUGGAUAUGCGGUCAUCAUAGGCCUGGGUCUGUUCUUCGCAGUGCUGAUGAAUGUCAUCACCUGGAUCCAGAACAAGUAUACUCGAACUCACUCUGAUACUGUUGAUGAGUUCACAGCCUCCUCGAGAAACGUCCCCUUCGGCUUAAUCUGCUGUGGAAUUGUCUCUUCUUGGACCUGGUCCUUGACCUUGCUCCAAAGUGCAACCGAAUCCUACAAUUUGGGCAUCAACGGCUCCUACUACUACGCCAUCGGUGGUCUUGCACAGGUUGGUGUGUUUUCAAUCAUCGCUGCAAAGGUCAAGGCAAAUGCCAACCUUGUCACGACAUUCCCGGAGAUGGGUUAUUUCAGGUAUGGAACAGCCGGUCACCUAGCGUUCCUAUGGUGUGCCUUUGUAUGUAACUCGGUUGUUUCUGCCUGUAUUCUCCUUGGUGGCUCAUCCGUGGUUUCUGCUGUCAGUGGAGUCGACUACUACGCCUCCAUUUGGCUGAUCUCAUUCGUGUGUGCAAUCUAUGUGUUCUUUGGUGGCUUGAGAGCAACUUUCAUCGCAGAUGCCAUCCAUACGUUCAUCCUCCUCAUCUUCAUCAUGAUCUUCGCCUAUGUCGUUUAUGCUGGUGACUCUUCCAAAAUUGGGUCACCAGGUAAGAUGGUGGAGCUUCUGACCAAGGUUGCUGAAGUAUCACCAAUCAGUGGUAACUACCAGGGCUCGUAUCUCACCUACCAGUCCAAAGACGGUGCCAUCUUUGCCGUGCAAUCAGUCAUCACCGGGUUUGGUCUCGUGAACUGUGACCAAGCAUACUGGUCUCGUGCUGUUGCCUCUAGGGAUAAAUCUAUUUCAUCGUCUUACUUCACUGCUGCCUGCUGUUGGUUCAUCAUCCCAUUCACCAUGGGACUAACACUUGGUCUUGCUGCAAGAGCCCUCUCUGUCUACUCAGACUUCCCUGUGCUGUCCACGGCCGACGUCAACGGUGGACUGGCUGCAGUAGCAGCUGCCCAGUACCUCCUUGGUAAGGCUGGCUCUACGCUGAUUCUACUUAUGGUUUUCCUUUCUGUUACUUCAUCUUUCUCUGGUGAGCUCAUUGCUUCUUCCACUCUGAUCUCUUAUGAUGUUUACAAGAAGUACAUUAAGCCUGAUGCUAGACCAGGCCAGGUCGUCAAUGCAGCAAGAGUGGGAGUCUUCCUUUGGUUCGUAUACGCCUCAGCAUUGGCAUCUGUGUUCCACAAGAUUGGUAUUUCUAUGGGCUGGCUGUUUAACUUCCUCGGUGUGUCAACUGCUUCUGGUGUUUUCCCUAUUGCCCUAUCAUUCUUGUGGAAGGACCUCAACACCGUUGGAGCCGUAGGUGGGUCUAUUGGUGGCUUGUUCCUUGCAUUGGUUGUGUGGCUGGUAACAUGUCGUGGUCUCGAAGGUGAGAUCAACGUCGAUACUUUGUCGACAAGAUGGGUCGCUUUUGCUGGAAACGUUGCUGCGAUUGUUCUCGGAGGUGUCAUUGCUAUAGUCUCUGGUCUGAUCAAACCAGCAAACUUUGACUUCAAUCUAACAAGAAAUAGAACCAUUCUGUCCGAGCAUAUCCAUCAAAACAGCACAUUGGGAGAGGAGGAGAACUCUGCUGAAGAACUGGAAUACGAAUCCAAGAAAGAGGUGGGCAUCACCACGUUUCAAGAGCCUCAAUCAAGUUUAUCUGAUGAUCACGAUGCACUUCCUAAAGAACAGGAACUCGAUUUUAAACUGCUUGACUCGCAGUACAAAAGAUUCACAAUUGCCUCUAUUGUUCUCCUGAGUGUGUUUAUUUUCAUCAUCCCAAUACCUCUGAGUUGUACAAACUAUAUCUUCUCAGUCGGGUUCCUCACGUUUGUCUGCGUGGUGAUGUACAUUUGGUUAUUUGCUUCGUUUGGGUUUGUCAUCGUCUAUCCGCUUGUAGAAGCAAGAAGGGAGCUAUGGCAUAUAGCAAAACUGAUAUUUGGUAAGUCUGAGGCAAAGGAAACCCCGUGAAGUUAGUUGCUGUGUUGAAUGAAAUGGUUG